AUGUUCAGUAAAGCAGUGGCCAUCAUUCUGGUUAUCCAGUGCGUUGCCGUUUUUUCGGCACCACCAGGAAGCCCUGAUACAGUCGUCACCACAGUGGUCGAUGGAAACAAAAAGAUGCAAGAUUUGUUAGAUUCUUUGUCUUCUCCAGUGCCAACGACGACCACUACAGGAGGCAAAGUAAUCAAGAAGACUACAACAACAACUACGACUACUACUACCAACAAAGACGAAGCUCCAGUUUCAGAAGUUGAUCAACUCCGAGUGUUGUUAAAAAAUCCAGAGUUCGCCCAACAACUCAGAGAAUUUUUGUUCCAGUUUUUGAAAAUGUACAACGCGUUGCACAAAGGAUCAGAGACCACUAAGACCAUAACAACCACAGAGAACCUUGAUAUACCAGCCUUAAUGAACAACCCAUCUUUCGUGCAAUUCUUAGGUGGAUUCUUCGGCAAUAGUCAAAAAACAACUGGAACUGGCAUGGCUUCCAUUGUAAACGAAUUGAUCAAUGAAGGGAAAAAUGCUCAAAAAUCAAGCACAAACUCACAAACAACUGUAACAGAAGAAUCUGUUGUCAACGGACAUUCUCGUCCCGUCGAGGUUGUUGUAAAACCUGUAGCAACUGUAGCUACUGGUCCAGACUCUCUCAUCGAUCAAAUCACCUCAUCAAGCUCUACUAAAACGUCAAGUUCUACCUCUUCAACAACAGCCACCAACCCUGCAACGACAGUCAUCACCACCGGAACAACGAACUUCCCAUCAAGAUUCUACACUGAUGAUGUAACAGUCACAGUAAAUGAACCCACCGUUGAAAUUUCCCGCCCAUCAGUGAUCAUCACCAGACCAACAACUUCCGUGAUUGACGACAAUGAACAAUGGUCCAAAGUAAACACUGUUAACAACCAGAUGAGUGCAGAAGAAAUGAGACAACAAGCUAAGAACGCCAAAUACCAAUUCGCUACCCAAAUCGAUGACAGCAUUUCUGGAAACUUCCAACAGAGAGCUGAAAUCAGAGAAAAUGGUGUAGUAUAUGGUAAAUACUCCUACGAUGAUGGUUUCAACUGGAGAACCGUCUACUAUGAAGAUGAUGGCCACGGUUUCACAAUUACCAAGCAAGACGUCCGCCCAUCCCACAUCAAAACUCUUACCGGUGAAGCCAGCGUCCAGACCUUGGUCAAUGGCAACUUGGUUGACUACCAUAUUACCACAAAGGACAUCAACAGCAAAGUUCCCGUUAGGAAACCAGUAUAUACUACCCCUCUCUUAAUAUAA